AUGGUGAACCAUGGAGACCGCCUCUCGAUUUUGGAAACGGCGGUCAACAGAUUUCGACCCGUGCCUGAAAGGGUGGAGGACCUGGACCGCAGGAUGCGGCAGGCCGAACAAGACAUUGUAAACAUUGCUACUGACACUGAUGCAGCCGCACAGGCGGCCGCCACACAAAGAGAUGAGGACCUAGCCCAUAGGACUCAGGAGGCAGAUCGACUGACUGCCAUGCAAGUAACCAUCGACAAUUUGACUAAUCAGAUCAAUGUUGUCAAUGCUGCCUUACAAGGCCUACUCCGAGGAGGGGGCAAUCCCAUUGGGGGCGCGGCAAACAUUGCCCUGGCACCCCAGAAACUCAAGAUUCCUGAACCAAAGCCCUACCAGGGUUCUCGAAAUGCCAAAGAAGUGGAAAAUUUUAUCUUUGACAUCGAACAGUACUUUGACGCUGUGGGCGAACUGGAAGAGCCAAAGAAGGUCGCAACUGCUGCCAUGUAUCUACAAGGCGACGCCAAACUCUGGUGGCGUGUUAAAUAUGAAGGCAUAAAAGCGGGCGAGGAUGCUCUUGAGACAUGGGAAGAACUAAAAGCAGCCAUCCGCUUACAGUUCUUCCCCGAGAACGUCGAGUAUAAUGCACGGAGGAAACUUCGGGAGCUCAGGCAAACGAAUUCAGUCCGAGAUUAUGUCCGCGAGUUCUCUGCCCUCAUGCUGAACAUAAGGGACAUGGGCGACAAGGACAAACUUUUCACGUUCAUGGAAGGCUUGAAACCCUAUGCCCGCAUGGAAAUACAAAGACAGAGGGUGGAUACCUUGCCCAAGGCCAUCCAAGCUGCGGAAUGCCUCAGUGACUAUCAAGUGGAUGCUCGAAAGGAUAAACCUCAACCACCAGCCCGUGGGGGAUUCAAAGGGGGCCAAUCCUACAAUGCUGGCCCCAGCAGAAGUGGGGGAGAUCGUAGUGCGACCAAAUCAAAAGGUUCUUCCUCAGGCAGCAAUAGUGCUGCAUCUCAUAAUAAUGAUCGGGGGCGGAAGCCCCCCUCAGGAUGUCGUCAUUGCGGCGGACCACAUUGGAACAAUGAAUGCCCACAGGCACAGAUGAACGCCCAUCAAAUUUUGGAUGAUGGGACGGAUGAUGAGGAUGAUGCGGAUCAGACAGAACCAAUAGGUGCCUUCAAUGCACUUGUUUGUUCCAUUUCCAAUGUUGUAGAAGGCACCAGUGCCGGCAUAUGCAAAAAGAAAGACCCAAGCUCAACUGCCAAGAAGGGAAAAGCCAAGGCAGGCAACGGGCCUCCUCCCAGAAAGGAGAAGACCCUGAUGUUUGUCGACUUGAGAGUAAAUGGCAAGCCUAUUAAGGCCAUGAUAGACACAGGUGCUACGCACAACUACUUGGCCACCACAGAAGUAGAGCGCCUUGGUCUAGUUGUUGGAAAGGGUAAGGGUCGUGUCAAAGCUAUCAACUCGCCACCCCAAUUGGUGGGCGGAAUAGCCAAAGGAGUGCCGGUAAAGAUGGGUCCUUAUGAAGGCAAGUUCGACUUGCGGGUUGUGAUCAUUGACGAUUUCGACUUGAUAGUGGGGUUGGAAUUCAUGAGGCAAACUAACAUCAUUCCCAUACCCUAUGCGGACAUGCUUCUGAUAAUGGGAGCAAACGGGGCCAAACCUUGCAUUGUCCCGUGCACAACCAUAAAGAUGGCAUCAGGAAAUAUCUCUGCAUUGCAACUGAAGAAGGGGGUCCAUCGACAAGAACCCACGUUCCUGGCUACCCUUUGCAAUGAAGAGAUUGAGUCUUCUUCAGGCCCCAUUCCAACGCCUGUGAAGGAGCUCAUGAAGGAGUUUGAGGAUGUCAUGCCACAAGACAUGCCGAAGCGACUCCCGCCUAGGCGGACGGUCGAUCAUGAAAUUGAAUUGGUGCCUGGCGCGAAGCCACCUGCCCGCGCACCCUACAGAAUGUCACAACCCGAACUCACCGAGCUUCGGAGACAAUUGACAGAGAUGCUGGACACGGGGAUCAUCGUUCCCUCCAAAUCACCUUAUGGGUCACCUGUAUUAUUCCAAAAGAAACAUGACGGUACCCUAAGGCUCUGUGUUGACUAUCGAGCUCUCAACAAGAUCACCGUGAAGAACAAGUAUCCCAUACCACUAAUGGCGGACUUGUUUGAUAGACUGGGCGGAGCCACAGUGUUCACCAAAGUAGACCUGAAGACAGGUUAUUGGCAAGUCCGCAUUGCUGAAGGAGACGAGUCCAAGACGACAUGUGUAACCAGAUAUGGCUCGUUCGACUUCCUGGUCAUGCCGUUCGGCUUGACCAAUGCUCCGGCCACGUUUUGCACCCUAAUGAACCAGGUCUUUCGAGAAUACAUUGAUGAAUUUGUGGUAGUAUACCUGGACGACAUUGUGGUGUACAGCAAAACGUUAGGCGAACACCUGGAGCACCUGAGGAAAGUCCUAACUCGGUUGCGAGAGCAUGAAUUGUACGUAAAGCUGUCCAAAUGCUCUUUUGCCCAAAAACAGAUUGACUUUCUCGGGCAUGUUGUUGAAGAGGGUCGCAUCAAGAUGGACCAACAAAAGAUCAGGGCUAUCACAGAUUGGCCACCACCCAAGGAUAUCCAUGCCGUGAGGGCUUUCCUUGGCCUAUGCAACUUUUAUCGGCGAUUCGUCAAGGACUAAUCCCUCAUUGCAUUACCACUGACGGAACUCCUCAAGAAGAUCACACCUUGGGAUUGGUCGCCAAAGAGAGCAGACGCUUUCAAUUCACUAAAAGCGGCUAUGUCUAGUAGCCCUGUCUUGGCCUUGCCUGAUUUGACCAAACCUUUCGAAGUGGAAACAGAUGCCUCCGACUACGCCUUGGGCGGAGUCUUGCUACAAGAGGGGCACCCGGUGGCCUACGAGAGUAGAAAGUUGAAGGAUGCAGAACGGCGCUAUGCGGCUCACGAGAAAGAAUUAUUGGCUGUGGUCCACUGCCUGCGCCUUUGGAGGCACUAUCUUCUGGGAUCCCCAUUUGUGGUGAAGACGGAUAACACGGCUGUCAGUCACUUCAUGACCCAGCCAAGUCUAAAUGGCCGCCAGGCCAGAUGGCAGGAGCUCCUAGCGGAAUUUCACUUCAAUCUGGAAUACCGAAGUGGGAAGACCAACCAUGUUGCGGAUGCACUUAGCCGAAGGGCCGAUCUAGCAUCGGUAUGCUUUCUCGCCACCCUCAGGGGGAGCGAAGUAGCUACCACCAUAAAAGAUCAAAUCCAGGAUCUUCUCAGCAAAGACCCUUCGGCACAGUACUUGGUCGACCUAGCAGGUCAAGGGAAAACUCGCCAGUUCUACAUGGAGGACGGGUUCUUGAAGGCAAAAGGAAACCGCCUUUAUGUUCCUAAAGGAGGAGAUUUGCGGAGAACUCUCCUAAUGGAAUGUCACGAUACUCUAUGGGCAGGCCACCCAGGAGAAGAGCGUACCAUGGCACUGCUACGCCGUGCAUAUUAUUGGCCCCAGAUGGCAGAUGAUGUUGCUCAGUAUGUGAAGACUUGCCUAGUAUGCCAGAAAGACAAGUCCGAUCGCUUGACACAAGCGGGCCUGUUGGAGCCAUUACCUGUCCCAAAGAGGCCUUGGGAAAGCGUCUCAUUGGAUUUCAUCACCGGCUUGCCCAAGGUUGGAGAUCUCACGACUAUCUUGGUCGUGGUUGAUCGGUUUUCCAAAUAUGCUACUUUCAUUGCAGCACCCAAGUAUAUAUCAGCAGAGGAGACAGCUCGACUCUUCUUCACCCAUGUUGUCAAAUAUUGGGGUCUGCCCAAGGAUAUUGUUAGCGAUCGUGACUCUCGCUUCACUAGCAACUUUUGGA